CAUGGGCGUGCUUGCCAGCUCCUUCAGCAACUUGGGGAGGCGAGGUUCUGGGCGUGUGGGAGGAGCCCUGGCUCCAGGGCUGGCUCCGCCCCCGCGCCCUCCUAUUGGGCGAGCGAGGGCGUCCUCUCAUGCCGCCUGCCUAUUGGCACGCUCGUGCAAACGCCGCGCCCCAUUGGUCUGUUCUGAUUUGGGCACCAAAUUCAAAGAUUUUAAAAGUACCAGCUGGCGCCUUUUAAGAGCUACGGCUCGGCGCAUCGUCAGGCCGUCCACCUUUUUCCUGUGGUCUCCGCCAUCUCCCCUGCAUUGGAGUCCGAGUUUUGCGGCAUGAGCCGGCGCACCUGCAGUGAUCUGCGCCGGCCGUCCUCCUGUCCCUGCGGUCUUGGCGCGCGGACUACCGUGGACGGUUGUGAAGAAGAAAGCCCUGUUCUUUCUGUUACAAUGAAGUGUUUUAAUUGCAACCCUGAGCUUUCUGAGCUUGAAGUGGUGAAGCCUGAGGACAGUGGGAUAGAAGGUUCCUACAGUCCCGUGUGUUUGGAACCUUCCUGUAAGGACUGUGUUAGAAACCAUGAGAGGUUGUCUUUCAUCGAGUCACCAAUUGUGGGACAUGAUAACAAGGAAAAUCAACGUGUACAAAACACACUAGAUAGUUCAAACGAAACAGAACUAGAGGCCAGUAGACUGUAUGAGGACAGUGGCUAUUCAUCAUUCACACAAAGUGACCGUGAUGAUGGCAUCCUUAUCCUGGAGAAUUUCAGAAACAGUCCCCAGACCCGUCUGCUGCCAUCACAUAGCCCAGACCAGCAUCCCAACAAAACCCUGCUGCCUGUCCUGCAUUUUGAAAGAGUGGUUUGCUCGACAUUAAAAAAGAAUGGCAAGCGAAACUCUAAAGUGGAUCGAGAAAUGCUGAAGGAAGUGAUUGCCAGCGGAAACUUUAGACUGCAAAAUAUAAUUGGCAAGAAAAUGGGCCUGGAACACCUAGAUAUCCUGGCUGAGCUCUCCCGGAGGGGAUUUAUACACCUGUUGGCUAAUAUUUUGACUAAGCUCAGCGGCAUGGACUUAAUAAAUCUGUCUAAAGUGAGCAGAAUUUGGAAGAAGAUCCUGGAAACCAAUAAGGGAGCGUUCCAGCUCUACAGCAAAACCAUGCAGAGAGUCAUUGAGAGCAGUAAGUUGUCACUACAUGCUACAACUAGAGGAUAUGUUGUGGGCAGAGCUGCACUAACUUCUGUUCAAAAGUCAUCAACCUGGACACCUCCCAAAAAAGAUACAUUGAAGAACAACGAAAGCCUCAAAGCCUGUGUUCGCUGUAAUUUCCCUGCAAAAUAUGACCACUAUUUAGAGCGAGCAGUCUGCAAACGGGAAAGCUGUCAAUUUGAAUAUUGUACAAAGUGUCUGUGUGCUUACCAUAACAACAAAGACUGUUUGAAUGGCAAGAUCCUAAAAGCCAGCUGUAAAGUGGGUCCUUUGCCUGGAACUAAAAAGAGUAAAAAGAACUUACAAAGAUUGUGACCUUUAAUAGAUCAACUGUAGAUCUUGGCUACUUUAAAAAGAAAAAAAAAAAAACUUCAACUUUAAUUUAAGAAAAUAAAAAUAAUUAUGCCUUUUGUAAAUAGAGAAAUUAAUUGUCCAUAAAAAUGCCAAGAUUGACUUAUGAAAAACAACCUGGAUAGAUAUCUUAGAUACUAAGAUAAAAUCGAUUGGACUUUUGGCAAGGGAGGGUUGGGGUAUUUUUUUAUGGAGUCUUGAGGAUUCGCUUUACCAGAUUUGUAUCAUACUUCUAUCAACUUGAGUCUGUCCAUUUAAAUGUUUGUCAAUGUGAG